AUGCCAAUUUUUCAGAAGAAGUUUGCACCGAAAGUAGCGCCACCGCGUACCCAGCGGCUCAACAUUGGCUGCCCACCGCCGGCCGAAGAUUUGGAUGAUUUCCGCACCAUUACGCUGAAUCUGGUUGAUAAGCAGCUUUGCUUCAUCGACGGUGUCUGGCUGAAUGGGUUGCGGACAGUUCCGGGUGGCUCGGGGACAGCUGCCGGGACCGCUGGCGUCAACAUGACGGACGAUUUGCUGCGCAUGAAGCGACGAAUGAAAACGCUCGAGCAGGAAAACAACAUGCUGCAGGUGAAGCUGGAUGUGCUGGUCGAUUUACUCACGGAGAAUGUGAUCGAACUGAAUGAAAUUAAAAACCAAUAG